AUGCGCUCCGCAGCAGCAGCAAGAAGGCUAGGGGCCCCCAGUACCCUGGGGGGCCCCCCCGCCCUGGGGGGCCCCCCAGGACUGCUGCAGGUGCAGCAGCAGCAGCAGCAGCAGCAAGUGCAUGAGCAGCAGCAGCAGCAGCAGGGGCGCGAGCAGCAUCAGCAGCAGCAGCAGCAGCAGGUGCACCAGCAGCAGCCGCAGCAGGCGCACGAGCAGCAGCAGCAGCAGCAGGUGAACAAGCAGCAGCAGCAGCAGCACGUGCACGAGCAACAGCAGCAGCAGCAGCAGCAGCAGGAACAGAACAUGCAAAGGCAGCAGCAGCAGCAGCAGCAGCAGCAGGAACAGAACAUGCAAAGGCAGCAGCAGCAGCAGCAGCAGCAGGAACAGAACAUGCAAAGGCAGCAGCAGCAGCAGCAGCAGCAGCAGCAGGAACAGAACAUGCAAAGGCAGCAGCAGCAGCAGCAGCAGCAGCAGCAGCAGCAGCGGAAGCAGCAGGAGUACAGCUACGACCCUGCAGCAAAACCGAAAAGGUUUCGACUGAGUGCAGCAGCAAGCAGCAAAGACGCGCAGCGAGUGCUGCAGCAGCUAAGAGCAGCGCUGCAGCAGCAGCGGCCAGUUCACCUGGAGAUACUGUCCCCUCCCCCGCCCCACAGACCUGCUGCUGCUGCUGCAGCAGCAGCAGCAGCAGCAGCAGCAGCAGCAGCAGCAAGGGUGCAGCAAGUCGACGCGCUUGCCCGCACAGUUGUGCUGCAAAACAGAGACAUAGCCAAAGCAGCAAAUCUCCCGCUCAACGUUGCUGCGCUGCUGCGGCAGCAGCAGCUGCAGCAGCAGCAGCAGCAGCAGCAGCAGCAGCAGCAGAAGCAGCAGCAGAAGCAGCAGCAAAAGCAAAAGCCACACACGCAUAUCAGCAGCAGCAGCAGCAGCAGCAGCUGCAGCAGCAGCAGCAGCAGCAGCAGCUGCAGCAGCAUUUGCGACUUGCUGAGCAGCUCGUUGCCGCACCCCGUGUUGAUGCACAUGGGGAGCCUGUCUGCAUGCAGCCCGCCCAAUCAGCAGCAGCAGCAGCAGCAGCAGCAGCAGCAGCAGCUGCUGCUGCUGCAGCAGCUGCAGCAGCUAGAAGACACCCUUCUUGCUGCCAACUGGGGAGACAGCAUUGCCUUGACCCUCAAUGGGGCCAUUUGGGACGCAGAGCUGCAGCGGCUGGAAACCCUCGCUAAACCCUUUCAGGAGGACCCCCAGGUGCAGCAGCAGCUGCUGUCGCUGCAGCGGCUGUUUGAUUUGCUGCAUGUUGUUGAGGACUUUAGAGACCAUUUGAAUGAAAUCAUGGAGCUGCAAAGCAGAAGCUCAGGGCUGGGGGGCACGGGGGUUUUGGCGAGUCCCCCCGUGUCGAACAUAGAAGAGCAUGCAGCAGCAGCAGCAGCAGCAUAUUUGCUGCUGCUGCAGCAGCACAAAGAGUUUGCUGCUAAGACAGAAGAGGCCCUCGGCAAUGGCCUGGCCCUUUUGCGGCAAAAAGUCAAAUUCCGAUUCCAAAGAGAACACUCCUUCUUCUUCUAA